AUGUACUACUCUUCAUCGUCUGUAUCAAAACGCCUUGUUCUGGUCCCUAUCUUGGCCCUGGUGGCCAUACAACUUCUCUUUAUACACAACGUCUCGUGCUUGAACAUGACCAAUGCAUAUUUGCACCACAAAUGCUACGUCACUCAAGGAAAGUACAAGCCGGGAAGCGAGGACGAGAAAGACCUCAAUAAGAUAAUCGGUUCCAUCCCUAUGUACAGUAAUUUUAGCAGAGGUUUCGAAUACAUGGCCUUCGGUAAAGAUCCUGAUUUCUCAUCUGUCAUCCACCAGUGCCGCGGCGAUUCCUUAGGCCCUAAAUGCCGCUCUUGCUAUGCAACCGCUGUCUCCGGGCUUCAAAGGAGAUGUCCGAGAAACAAAGGAGGAAUAAUAUGGUACGACCAAUGUUUCCUCGAGUUUAAUGCGGUCGAAUCAUUACAGAAGAUCGAUUACGAUAACAACUUUUGUAUGUCCAACGCGAAGAAUGUGAGCGACAAUAAAGAGUGGAUGUGGGUGCGUUUCCUCGAAGAUCUAGCAAUGAAAGCCUCAAAAAAUAACUAG